CCGCAUCGUACCUUCAUCUCAAAAGUCUCUUCUUCUUCCUCUCAUCAACACCGGGCUCAAGGCCAACAAUUUCAAAUCCCAUGACAAUGCCUUCAACGCCAUCGUCGCCUCUACCACUCCCCUCCUCCGCCGCUCCGUUCCUCCGUCGUCUUGGCUGGUCUUUGCCAUUGUCGUCAGCAACCUAUCAUCUUCUCCGGCGAUGGCUUCGAUUUGGGGCUACACGACUCGAUUUGGGGCUGCCACUUCCGGAUCCUCCAACCUAGGUGGACGAUGACCAAGAUCAUGGUGCAGUGAAUGCCGCAUUUGCCGGAUCCGUCGUCCUUGAAGUCGGAGCUCGGCCUGAGGGAACGACAGGGGGCGGUGGAGGGGAAGGUGUCGCGGACUGGGCGGAGUUCUGGUGCCUAAGGCUAGGGGCAGGGAGUGGGGGUUAGGUUGGGAUCUGGUUUGUAGAUCUAACUAGGGCAGGGGAGGGGACUUUGUGGACAAGGAAGGGGCAACAGGUGUGGAUGUUGCAGCGACGAUGGCAGCUUUCGCUAGGCAGCAGGAUGGGGAGAUUGUUGUUUUUGGUGGCACAGAGGUCGAAAACUUUCCGGCGACCAGUCACUAUGGAUGGUGGGGGGUCAGUCACUAUGGCCGGAGUGACAGAGUCAGUCACUGCGACCGGUGGCAGGCAGUCGUUGUGGCGGUAGCCGGACGAUCAAUAUGGUCGGAGUCACUCUGGCAGCGGGGCAGUCACUGUGGCGGUGGGGCAGUCACUGUGGCGGCGGGGCAGUCACUGUGGCGGCGGGGUAGUCACUGUGGCGAUGGAGCAAUGAUGGGCGGGGCAGUCAUUGUGAUCGGUGGGUCACUUUACCCAGAGUCACUUUGAUCGGAGUCACUUUACACUGCAGAGUUAAUUGUGAUGUUGGUCACAUUUUUGAAAUUUUUGAAAACAGAUCACUUUUUUUUUAUCUUUUAUCCUAUUUUUAGUAAUAUUGGAAUAAAAAGGCCAUGUUAAUAAUGAAUAUCCCAA